GAUAGUGUUUUCGUAGCACCUCCCAACAAGCAACAUCCAAAACCUGAGCCUACAUUUGAGGAUGCCGUUUACAAGCGGAUUCAUAAACAAUUCCUUGAACAGAUGCUGUUGAUUCGUGGUGCUGCCGUAUCGGCACCAGAGCGUGGAUCUACGGUUUCAAUUGAUUUGGGUACCAUGAAAUGGAAACCUGGUGUACUGGAAGCAAAUUCAGACCUUGUGGAGGCGGUGAAUUCGAUUGGAACCAGAAUAUUCUUUGACUUCUGUCGUGACGAGUUUUGGGCCAGACAAGUACAGCAGAAAAUUCAAAAUAAGCUGGCUCAGAUUCAUCUUCCGUACUUCAUUGAGAAAUUGGAAUUAGCAUCUCUAACUCUUGGAAGAACUGCACCUCGCAUCGUCGGAGUUUAUGCGCCGGUACUGAAUGAAUGGGGAACAUGGGUUGACUUUGAG